AGCUCUUCCCUUCUCUUCCUUUCCCUUCUCUCUUCGGCUCUGUAAAGUCUCAGCUGUGAGACUCUCUUUGCAAUGCCUAGUUUUCAAUCCCCACCCAGGAUUUCCCAAGUAACACAUUAAGAAUUACUAUCUCCAAUGGUUUGAUUCAAUGUAGGAUGGGAGUUCAUCUGAACGGAAGAUAUAUUCUACUGGUCCUUGCUGUGCAGCUAGCUUACCUGGUGCAGGCGGUGAAGGCAGCAGGCAAGUGUGAUGCGGUCUUUAAGGGCUUCUCAAAGUGUAUGCUCACGAUGGGCGAUCAGAUCGAAGCCUACUCGCAGGGCGUGGACGAAGAGAAAAACCUCAACACCAUUUGCUCAUACUGGAAUGAAUUUCACGUCUGUGCUGUCACAGUGCUCGCAGAUUGUCAUGAAGGGGCGUCAGACAUGUGGGAGAAACUGAAAAAGGAUUCCAAAAAACUCAACAUUGAAGGCAGCUUGUUCCAAAUGUGUGGUGGAUCUAAUGGAUCAGCCAGCCCCAGACCUUUCCACACUGCCAUCCUGCCUUUGCUCAUGGUGUCUCUCUCCUCCCUACUUACCUGGAUCUUCUAGUAGACCCAAAGUUUCAGGAAUCCACACUCACUACCGCCACCUGCUGGAUUUCUAGAGGAAGUAUCUAUCCGUUCUCCGGGGACGUUGUGUUCUCUGUGACGUUCAAAAAUAAUCAUCUAGGAUUGUGGAAAAGAAAAAAAAAGUUAUAUGAUUUAUUUUGUGUUUUUGUUUGCCAAAUGUUACCAAACAGUGAGCAACAACAGCCAAAACCGGACCUCAGCUUUACAUCCUCAAAUAGCAAAAUAGAAAACCUUGAGCCCUUUUUUUCUUUGCAAAAGAAACUCAGGAAAGGCCCUGGGCCAACUAAUAAUAAUAAUAAUAAUAAUAACAAUAAUAAUAAUAAUAAUCCAAGGAGGAAAUGAAAGCGGGCUCGACUCUCAAUAAAUCACGACAUGCUGAAUAUAAGCCACGGGAUCUGUCACAAUAUGGAUGAUGUGCUGUAGAUGUUCACAUGUGAAACAUAUGGUCAAAUAGCAAUCUAUUGUUCACCAUAACCCCUCCUCCGCAGAACCAUGAUUUCCUCAUUACAAUGCAACUAUGUAACCAAGGAAAACAUAGCUCCGCCUACGAGCAACGGGAAGUCUAUCAAGGAUAACACUAAGUAGAGUGAAUGCUUGGACGGAUGAUUGAGUUUCUGAGUGGCCAAGUAUGGUGUAUGGACUGCUGAGGGAAUUUAGCUUUAUCUGCUGUUGCCAAGAUAUAUUUCCAAGUUCACUGCCUUUUAUUUCCUUAUUCUCCUUGGUUUAGGUGUUACACAUAUUACUUACGUAUCCGACAGUGUAAACCACAAAUGGGGGUAUAAAUGUAUAACCGUUAAAAAAAAAAAAAAAAUAGUUA